AUGGACGUAGAAGAUAACAAUUAGAAUAACGGCAUGCUUGGAUUAAUUCUUAAAAACGAUCAAAGAGUAGAAGUUGAUCCUAGAUUUAAGAAUGUUUCAGUUUUAGUUAAAGAGUUGUCUGAAACAAAUAAUGGAGAAGAUAUUCCUAUUUCUUAAAUUUCUAUUGAAAUGCUUAAUGUUAUUUUAGAUUACUGCAAGCGUCAUAAUUGGAAUCCUCCUAAAGUUUCAAAGCCUUUGCAAUCAGGAGAAUUAUAAAAAAAUUUGAGUGAACAAGACUAUCUUUUCAUUAAAGACUACCCAAUUUAUAAAGAUAAUCGUUUGAAUGAUUUACUGCAAGCAGCUUAUUAUUUACAAAUAUAAACUUUAUAUGACGUAUGCAUUUGCAGAAUUGCAACUGAAUUCUAUUUUGGUAAAGACCAGAGCAGCUUUGAUGAUCUUAAAAAGAAAUUGUAAGUCACUGAAGAUCUUACAAUUGAAUAGGAAGAAAAAAUACAAAAAGAGUAUCCUUGGAUUUAAUGA